AUGCCGUCAGCGAAUGGAAUCAAUGGAUCGAACGGGGUCAAUGGUGCUGCGCACUAUGAGCCCAGCAGGGACAGAGCUGGCGAGGUCUCAGAGCUCGUUUCUGCAGUUCAAGACCUUUUGAUCCCAUUUAUUCGCAGCGCCGACGAGGGCGCCCUGACCAAGGGUCAGACGAACCAUUCAACCGCGACAAAUGCGAGUUUGAAAUCAAACGGAACAAGUACCCCGGCAGUGCGAACAUCCCUCGUGGAACAACACCCGCCAGAGGAAGUAGUGCGGUUAUUAAACCUUGCUCUUCCUGACGCCGGAGCCGGAAAAGAAGGACUACUCCAGGUGGUCGACCGGAUACUCAAGUACUCGGUGAACACGUGGGACCAAGGAUUUCUGGAUAAACUCUAUGCUUCUACCAAUGCUGUCGGCGUUGUUUCCGAACUCAUCCUCGCUGUGCUCAACACAAAUUUGCACGUCUUCCAAGUCUCCCCAGCACUCACAGUCGUCGAGAAAACUACUGGACGAACACUCGCAUCUCUCUUCGGCUUCACGGGCCCUCACGCCGGCGGUAUUUCCCAACAAGGCGGCUCCGCAUCAAACACAACCUCGAUUGUCAUUGCUCGCAACUACCUCUUCCCCGAAACCAAGAUCGAAGGCAACGGACCGCGGAAAUUCGUCCUGUUCACCAGCCAGCAUGGACACUACAGUCUCGAGAAAGCGGCGCAGAUCUGCGGCUUCGGCUCCACCAACAUCUGGCCCGUCCCCGUUGACGCCGAGGGGCGCAUGAUCCCCGAGCAACUCGAAGCGCUCGUGGUCAAGGCCAAAAACGAAGGCUGCACGCCCUUCUACGUCAACGCUACCGCAGGUACCACAGUGCUGGGCUCCUAUGAUCUCUUUGACCAAAUUGCGGAUAUCUGCCAGGCCCACGGCCUCUGGAUGCAUGUCGACGGUUCGUGGGGCGGGCCGGCCGUCUUCUCGGAAAAGCAAAAACACAAGCUCAAGGGCGCCGAACGCGCCGAUAGUCUAGCGGUCAAUCCGCACAAGAUGCUGGGCGUCCCGGUGACGUGCUCCUUUCUCUUGGGCCAGGACCUGCGCAAAUUUCAUAAAGCCAACACCCUGCCUGCUGGAUAUCUCUUCCACAAUACCGACUCCGCCGAAGUAUGGGACCUCGCGGACCUCACACUGCAAUGCGGCCGGCGCGGCGACUCGCUCAAGCUCGCCCUCGGAUGGAUCUACUACGGCAAAUCUGGCUACGCCGCGCAAAUCGACCACGCCUUUGACACGGCCGCGUACAUGGCCCAGCGGGUUGCGUCGUCGGAUAAAUUUGCACUGGUCUCGCAGAACCCCCCGCCUUGUCUGCAGGUCUGCUUUUACUAUGUGCCUUUGAGAGCCGAGCAGCGAGUUGCCAGCGAGCGUCAGCGAGUUGCCAGUGAAGUACAGCAAGCUACCGGCGCGCAGGCGCAAGAGCAGGAGAAUGGGACGCAAGAGAGGAAAGUAAGACAACUAUACGCCUCCGCGGACGAAAACACGGCCGUCACGCGCGCCAUUUCCCACAAACUCAUCGCCGCAGGCUUCAUGGUCGAUUUUGCGCCCGGCGGCGACAAGCACCGCGGCUGUUUCCUGCGCGUCGUGGUCAAUGUCCAGACACGAAAGGAGACGGUGGAUGCGCUGAUUGCGGCUGUUGAGCGCGCGGGUGCGGAAUUGGAGCUAUAG